CCGACCCGCCCGGGAGCAGAGAGGAUCACAGGGGCUGAGUGACUCUCAGGGUCGGAGUGCGCAAAGCAACGCGCCCCUGUGAUUCAUCCGCAGUUUCCAGACGGUGCGCAGGUGGAGGAAGAAGAGGAGAGGAAGCGAGCCGCUCAGAGGACGGACUGGGGGAUAUUUGAACACGCUUAAAAUUGUAUUCCACUUAAAAGGAACGAACUGCUUUUCUUCCCUUUUUCGGUCUUGUGCUGGCUUGAUUUGGCGCAGCUGUUUUCCAUUUUAUUCCCCAUUCAUGGCAAAAGUUUGACUGAUAAAAUAUGAUGCUCUGCUCUGCUCCUGUUUUUUCAUGCAAUGCUGUGGACUCCGGCGUCAGCGUGAGCGGCCACUCAUCACUUGAGAAAUAGCUGCGAUUCUUUUGGGUCUUAAUUCUCGGUGCCAAUUUCAACAAACAAGAGGGGUUUUUGAUUCUCGCUCAUCAUCAUCAUCACUCGCCCGGAUUGCAUCCAUUUGAAUUAAUCUCGCUCGCCAUAAUGGACUUCCUCGGACUGUACUUCUUGCAGCUGGCUCUGAUUGGAGUUCCACAUGUGGCUCUCUCUGCGGGAGGGAGAGACUGCCUGCGAGCCGGAGACACCUGCUCCAGCGACGACACCUGCAGCCCGCGACUGCGCACCCUCAGGCAGUGUGUGGCAGGAGACGGCAGCGUGAAGCUGGGGCCUGGGGCGCGAAACCAGUGCGAGAACGCCAUGACGGCGCUACUGUCCACCCCUCUGCACGGCUGCCAGUGUAAACGAGGCAUGAAAAAGGAAAAGAACUGCCUGAGUAUCUACUGGAGCCUGCAUCAGUCGGUGCUGCACGGACUCAGCCUGGUGGAGAGCUAUCCCUACGAACCAGAAGAGAGGGGCUCUGACUACGUUCGUCUGGCCUCCAUCGCUGCGGAAUCAGAGGUGACGACGGUGAACCGCUGCCUGGACGCCGCCAAGGCGUGCAACAUCGACGAGACGUGUCAGAAGCUGCGCACGGAGUACGUCUCGUCCUGUAUCCAGCCCUCGGUCCGCUCGGGGCCGUGCAACCGGCCGAAGUGUAACAAGGCGCUGAGGAAGUUCUUCGACCGGGUGCCACCAGACUACACCCACGAGCUGCUGUUCUGCCCCUGCACCGACACGGCCUGCUCAGAGCGCCGCCGGCAGACCAUCGUGCCCUCCUGCUCCUACGAGGACAAGGAGAAGCCCAACUGUCUGGCUCAGCUGCGGAUCUGCAAAGCCGACUACGUGUGCAGGUCUCGCUGGGCGCAGUUCCAGUAUGAUUGCCAGCCGUCGGAGGACAGCGCCAGCGGCUGCAAGCAGGAGAACUACGGGGCAUGUCUACUGGCAUACACCGGCCUCAUAGGAAGCACGAUAACCCCCAACUACCUGGACAACUCCACAUCCAACGUGGGACCAUGGUGCUCAUGUGCAGCGAGCGGCAACCACAGGGAGCAGUGCAACGACUUCCUCCUGUUUUUCCACGACAAUAUCUGCCUGAAAAACGCCAUCCAGGCCUUCGGGAACGGGUCCGACGUGAAAACCGGUCAGCCCGGGAUGCCCAGUCCAGCCACAGACAACCAGGGCCCGUACCCAGCGACUACCGCCCCAGGCGUCGCCAUGGAAACAGAGCAGAACAUCCUGAGAGCACAGAUACCUACCCAGGUAAACGAGAACGACAGAUUGUGGGACGACGAGGAAGACUCCACCCUCCCCUCUCCGGGCCUGUCAGACCGCGGAGCCGAGCCCGUCCGCCUGUCCCUGCUGCUGAUGCCGGGCUUUGUUUGCCUGUUUGUGCUGAUUCUCUCCAACCAAUAGGAGGCCUCGCUCAACCUGGCCUCCAUGGACAAAACUCCAGACCUGGGGGAGGAGGGUGGGUUAGAGGGAGAGAGAGAAAGAUAGCCAUUUCUACGUGUCAAAAAGGGGGGGAAAGGGGCAACUCUGUCCCGCCCCGCUCCCCUCACACAACAAUCACACUUUUUCUCUUUUUGUGAAUCAUGACUCUGAGCAGAUGUGUUGUGCAGCUCACGCCCUUCAGAUGAUGUCCAGAGAGGGUGCAGCUUCUGCACCGCAGGGUUGGGAAUGAAAAACAGGAAAACACACACCUCAUUUUUUUUGCUUCACGUCUGCCCAAACACAAACUGUUACACAUGACACACACACACACACGCCGACUUUACUCAUCUGAAAAUAUCGUCCAAGCUACUUCAAGAAGGACCUGAGUGAAGGUGUAUAGUGAAGAGACACUGGGGUGGCGGCGGGUGAAGGAAAACUAUAUAAAAAUAUAUAAAACUAAACAAAAAAAAAAAACGUUUUUUUUUGUCCCUCAACAUUCCUUGAUGUAAAAGAAAAAUAUUAAAUGUCAAGACUUUUCUCUCAGAUGAACUGUGAUGAAGUGUUUCACAAGAUCUAAGAUGGAUUUGUGUGUGUUUGUCCCACAUGCAGCGCUCUGCUCAUUAUUACGACGCCACAUUUUUAUUUCCCAGAGAGUUAGAUACAAGCACACGUUAUAAUUGAGUCGUCUUUGAAGUGGUCAGAUGAAGAGUUCAUUCCCAAAUAAAGAUUAUAAGUAGGGAGAAAACAUCGGCUGUUUAUCGACUUCUGACGUCCAAAAGUCUGUCAAAUAUUUUACUCAGUUAAACGAGGACCUAAAUUGCUUUUUAGCCUUCACUAUGUUUGAAUUUGUUGAUAAGCCAUCAGCCUCUUCAUGAACUCAUUCAGCUUUAAGUCUGAGCGCCUCACAAACAUUUCCAUUUGUUCCUCUUCAGAAAUGUAUAAAAAAAAAAAGAAUACUGUGGUUUUUGGUGAAGCAACAAGAGAUGGAAACAAGUUUAUAUUUUUAAAUGUACGUGGACUUUGCCGCAGAGAAAACAGAUAUUUAUCAACAUGUGUGUGACCGAUCGUGCUUUGCCGUCGCGGGCGAGGACUGAUGGAGAACAGACGCUGCGGGUUCUGAUGCGUGAACGGAUGCAUCCGUCCUUCCAGAGAGUUUUGUGAGAUGGAGGUGGUGCCCCGUUCUGGCGCCACUACCUGCUGGGACUCUUCACUUGGGGUUUAAGAAUCAGCACAGCUCUGCAGAAAGUGUUUAGAUUGAAAGAGUCAAUGUUGGUUUAAGGCACACGCUCUUAUAAUGGAACGUGUCAUCGUCAAUGCUGCCAUUGCCAUCAGUUAUACGAAGAGACGCCCAUUUGUUUCACUUUUGCAUUACUUAAUGAUACAACAUCUGCUUAAUGUCUCAACCCCCCCCCGGGAUGAAAAUAACACACUCUGAUUCAAGUUGGACCUCAAAGAGCUCAUGGAAUAUGUCUCAUAAUAUCGUCACAGCAGCACAAGAGAUGUUGGAUUCUGUCUGUUCACGUUCUGCAGGAAGGAAAAGAAACCGCUCAACCGGGGUUGUAAGGACUGUGUUAAAGGGACAGUACACUCAAAUCACAGUCAUGCAAGAUAUGUUUGGUUUCAUUUGCCCAGGUUUUAAGAUAUCAUUCUCUGCUGCCAUCCAAAUACAAUAAAGAUUAUUGAAGUUUUACUUUGAAAA